AUGUCUCUGGUAAGCCAGAAUGCGCGCUACGGCAGCGCAGAGACCACUGCAGAUUACAGCGACGGCCGGGGUGAAAUGCAGGCUACUAACGCCUCCGGGCCCCCCACCUCCUUGCUAGUCCCCGAUGCCCCCCGGGGCCCGCAGGAGCCAAUAGACCCACAGGGUGCCAGCGCUUCCCUGGCUGCGCAGGACUCGAAUGACCUCGAGAUCCUGAUUGACGAGCAGUCCCGACGUUUGGGGGCGCUCAAGGUCCACGACCCUCUAGAAGAUAGGUCGAUUGCUUUGAUGAAUUUCAUGAGAAUGAAAAGUCAAACCGAGGGGUCUAUCCAGCAGUCAGAGAUGCUGGAGUUUCUCAGAGAAUACUCAGGUCAGUUCCCUGAGAUCCUCAGACGAGCCUCUGCACACCUGGAUCGGGUCUAUGGGUUGAACCUGAGGGUUCUUGACCCCCAGGCUGACACCUACAACCUAAUCAGCAAACGGGGUCCCCAGAAUACUGAUCGGAUAGCAGAGUCCCUGGACAUGCCAAAGGCAGGUCUUCUGGCCCUGGUCCUAGGCCACAUUCUUCUUAAUGGCAACCGAGCAAGAGAGGCCUCCAUUUGGGACCUGCUGCUAAAGGCUGAUGUCUUGGAUGAGUCUCAGAGGAUCAACAACCUCUUUGGGAACACAAGGAACCUCCUCACUACUGACUUUGUACGCAUGCGCUUCUUGGAGUACUGGCCAGUGUAUGGCACUAAUCCCCUCGAAUUUGAGUUCUUGUGGGGUUCUAGAGCCCACAGGGAAAUCACAAAGAUGGAAGCCCUGAAGUUUGUGGCAGAGGCCCAUGGUGAAGAACCCUGGAGAUGGCCAGAAGAAUAUAACAAGGCCCUGGAAGCUGACAAAGCCAAAGAAAGAAACCAGGCUGCUGGCUUAGAGUUCUGGUCAGAGGACAUAAUGAAUGAUAAGGCAAAUGAUUUGGUCCAGUUGGCCAUUAAUGUCACUGAGGAGCUGCUGCCCAUACAUCAGGAUGAGCUAUUGGCUCACACUGGCAAAGAAUUCGAGGAUGUGUUCCCGAAUAUCCUCAGUCGAGCUACUCUAAUCCUUGACCUGUUCUAUGGGUUCUCUCUGAUUGAGGUUGAUACCAGUGAGCACAUCUACCUCCUUGUCCAGCAGCCAGAAUCAGAAGAAGAGCAAUUGAUGCUAGAGAGCCUGGGGAGACCCACUCAAGAAUAUGUGAUGCCGAUCCUGGGUUUGAUCUUCCUGAUGGGCAACCGUGUCAAAGAGGCCAACGUCUGGAACUUGCUUCGGAGAUUCAGUGUGGAUGUAGGGAGAAAGCAUGCCAUCACCUGUAAGCUUAUGAGACAGCGUUACCUGGAAUGCAGGCCACUAUCCUACUCUAAUCCAGUUGAAUAUGAGCUUCUAUGGGGUCCUCGAGCUCACCUUGAAACCACCAAAAUGAAAGCCUUGGAGUACAUGGCAAAGCUCUACAGAAAGCGACCACAGGACUGGCCAGAGCAAUAUAGGGAGGCUGUGGAAGAUGAGGACGCCAGAGCCAGAUCAGAGGCAACUGCCAUGUUCUUCUUUGGCUCCAUGUAAAGUCUGGGGAAGAUGUAUCACUUUCGUUGAAUGACAUCAGUAAAAGAGACAUUGGGGAAAUGGGCACUGGGGCCCCAAAUCCAAAGUUGGGGAAGGUUGGGGUGGGGCGUAUACAUUGUGAUUGCAGUCUGUGUUCCACUUCUAAUAUUUCCUUUCAUUUAACGUACCCUUGAAUCAUGAUCAGUGUUUAGAAAUGAAAUUGCUUAUUUACCAUCCUUGACUUGUUUCAGUAUAAAAGUUC